AAGGUAUUAUAUCCACGUUUCUUUUCAACUAUUCCUAUCUGUGCCGGGUUAUUGCCUCUUUAAUAUCUCACCACGGUAUCUUCCUCACCCGAUGCAGGUUUCUGGUGUCGACCAUGGACGCCUGCUACAUUCUCUUGCUUUGGACGGCUGAGCUGCAGUUGAGAACGCCACGGCUGGCGUGCACCCCGUCCGUGGUGGCCCAUUACACCCUGGCCUCGCAACCCACCCACUUCCACACCCCAAUUACAUGGUGCUGGCGGCAUCGGAGUCUUUGGGCCGCCGCCUCAUUUGUGGGCCGAGCACUCCUCGCCGAUCGUGUCUCGCCCACCUCUCCCGCAGCCCCUGCGCACACUCUCUUUUGGUCUUCAAAGAUUCAAAAUGUUAUUUGAGUCAUAUUUUGUUCCCCGGGAGUUCAUUAAGCCACGUCGCAAGGAGGCAUUGGGCCUGGGAUACUCCUUAUCUCACUUCGGAAUAACUAGAUAA